CAUGGCCUUAUAAGGAUGAAGUUUCCUUUUUUCCUUCCUCUCUCUCCCUCUUAUUUCCCUCCUAGUGCUCCCUCCUCCCUCCACCCUCCCACUGUCUCUCAGUGGACAAAUGAAGUCAUCUUACCUCUUUUGCUCCUUUUAAGCCGGCAUUUUUGGGAGGGAGGUCCCUGUGAGGGAUAUACAAACACUCAGUCAAGCAUCCGAACUCGUCUCGCACACUGCAGCAGCAGCCAGCAGAGUAUUCACCCAAUCCUCCACACAUCCCAAGUUUCAGGCAUGGCUAACAAAGGUCCAUCCUACGGCAUGAGCCGGCAGGUUCAGGAUAAAAUCGACAGCAAGUACGACCCCGAACUGGAGCAGAUCCUGGUGGAGUGGAUCAGCCGUCAGUGCGGCUCCGGCGUCGGGAGGCCGGAGGCCGGAAAACUGGGCUUCCAGACCUGGUUGAAAGAUGGAGUUGUCCUGUGUGAACUUAUCAACAGUUUGUUUGCUGGAGACAAACCCGUGAAGAAGAUCCAGAGCUCGCCCAUGGCCUUCAAGCAGAUGGAGCAGGUCUCACAGUUUCUCAAUGCUGCAGAGAAGUACGGCGUCACCAAGACUGAUAUGUUCCAGACGGUGGACCUGUGGGAAGGUAAGGACCUGGCAGCGGUGCAGAGGACCCUGUCGGCCCUGGGCAGCUUGGCCGUCACCAAGGACGACGGCACAUACAACGGAGACCCUAACUGGUUCUUCAAGAAAGCGCAGGAAAACAAGCGAGACUUCAGCGACGACCAGCUGAAGGCGGGCAAGAACGUGAUCGGCUUACAGAUGGGCUCCAAUAAGGGAGCCAGCCAGGAGGGAAUGAGCUACGGAAGACCCAGACAGAUCCUGUAAAAUCACUGAGCCACAAAUAUCCAAAACCUCUUUAGCGUCCCUGAAACCAAAAGUGCCUGUUUUACCCUCCAGGAGCCUGUAAUUGUCUUAAUUGGGCCUCUUUAACCCCCUCUUGUUCCAGCACCGUGGCUCUUCUCCAUGCUUAUGUCGGUGACCACUGCAGACAGCACCAGAACCGCUUAGCAUGCCAUGGUAACCACAAAAAUGACCAAAUAAAUAAAAAGGCCUUGGGGAAAAACCAAGCCACCAUGUAGAAAGACAACCCUUACUUUCCUUGUAGCAUGUCUAGUAAACGGCUCUCGCGUCACUCAUCGCUGCCCAGAUUCAUCCUCGAGAACAUCCCACUUCUUAGAUUUUGUUGAUGUAACUUUUUAAUUUCUCUAACGUUGACAAGCGCAGCCCUGGUGUGCCAGUUCUCCUUAGUUCUACUGCUCCAGUGUUCAGUGACCCACCACUUCCCGCACUGCUACGCCUGCUGUGUCAGUGCCAAUAUUUUUGUAAAUUGUCUUAUUAAAUAAUGAUUUUGACAUA